CUUCGUAGCGUCCUCCGGAUAUAACACUUGUAUCACUCAAAGCUCAAUCCUCCACCGCUCUACAUGACUUCGCGCAACUAUGCCAUCCUGGAGCCGCGAGCUUGCCGAGUUUGCCACCAGAAAGACAACAUCCUGCGCUGCUCUGGCUGCCAGGUCGUCUACUACUGCGGACGAGACCACCAAACAUCUGAUCGAGCCAGCCACAAGAAAUGGUGCCAGGUCAUCAAAAAAGCGCGUACGAGACUGGAGCGUGAGGAACAGGAUCUACGCGACCAGCCACCCAGUGCAUUCACCCCUCCGAACAUCUUUGAGACGGGCGUCGGUCACUUCUGGGGCAUCAACGAGACACGUCCCUACAUGCGCGCGCGCUAUCACCUUGGAGAUUCUCUUCUCAACGCUUUCACUACCAUCGGCGACCACUUCUUGGACAUGAUGCGGUUAUGUCGUGGGGACAACUUGGGUCUUCGGCACAUGAUUCCGGGGUUGUUUAUCCGCCUAGGCAGAGAUCAGGAGGCCUAUGACUCUGUCAAGUGGUAUGCAACUACCGGUAUUGACAGAAAUUACGAUUGGGGCGACAUAGACCUGCCAUUCCUAGAUGUGAAGGAUGCCGAUGUGCUCGAAUCGCUAGGAGGAAUGUGGACGACAGAAUACAUCAACUUGAGCCAUGCGGUAGCUGUGACGUUGGUCAAGAUCCGAGUCCUGCUGGAUCUACAGGCCAUUCAAAACGCUGCCAGGGCCUUCACUGGAGCCAUUCCGCAAGAAAUCAUCGACCUUAUCCGUGGUCAACUCGCCAGCAACGUCGUUGAGUCGCGCCCCAACCUUCUCAGGGAUAGCACGGAUGAGACCACAAGUCUUAUUAAAUCAAUCAAACAACAAGUAAGAGAGCUUCACGAAUCCAUCGAGGAUAUCAAUUAUCACUUUUGGCCAAUGCUUCUGGUCGAUCCAAUUACCAGCGCCGUUUCGAGGCCCAGCGGGUACUCACCUGGCUCAAGGGAGGAAGCUAGUCUAAUACUCUGCUACAAUUAUCCGGCGUGGGCUGAGACGCCUGGGGCUAUUGAAUUAAUUCAAAAUCUAUGCUAA